AUGUCGUGCCCCCCAGGGCCGCGAGCCUGUCAGCGUCUGGUGAGCAAAUGUCUCCACACCACGGUGGGGAUUCUGAAGAAGACUGGAACCGAGCACUGGUGGCUGGAGAGGCACUUGAAGGAUCCCUUUGUCAAGGCAGCAAAGCGGCACCAUUACCGCUGCCGAAGCGCCUUCAAGUUACUGGAAAUCGAUGACAAGCUUCAUAUUCUUCGUCCAGGACUUUCUGUUCUUGACUGCGGAGCUGCGCCUGGUGCUUGGAGCCAGGUGGCUGUAGAGAGGGUCAACGCCUUAGGUACUGAUCCUGCUGUCCCCACUGGCUUUGUCCUUGGCGUUGACCUCCUGCGGAUUUCUCCUCUGGAAGGAGCAGUCUUCCUGUCGGAGGCUGACAUGUCAGACCCACGCACGCUGAGGACAAUUCAGAGUCUGCUUCCUGCAGAGAAGGUGGAUGUCAUCUUGAGCGACAUGGCACCUAACGCGACAGGGGUUAAAGACCUGGAUCAUCAGAAGCUGAUCAACCUGUGUUUAGGCCUUCUGAGUCUGUCCCAAUGUCUUUUAAAGCCGAAAGGAACGAUGCUCUGUAAGUUCUGGGAUGGACACGAGUCCCGUCUUCUGCAAAACAGAUUGAAGGAGCAAUUCCAAGAUGUGAGAACUAUAAAGCCUCAGGCCAGCCGGAAGGACUCUGCUGAGUCCUAUUACUUGGCAAGACUGUACAAAGGGAGAUGAGAGCUGAGCACCACAGAUUGCCAAGCAGAACAGCAGACAUGGACUGGACGUCUGAAUUUGUUGUGUGUUUAAAGAAAAAUCUCAGCAUUAAGACCC